CACUUAUUACGUAUUCAGAUUAUUACUUAAUAUAAUUAAAAUGACACACGGCAGACAGUUUGACACUAACCAUCAACACGAGCGAACCCAACAACACACGUAUUAACAGCCGCAUCUUCCAAAACACGAUCAGUUUAUGCGGUGGACGCACGGUGAUAGAGGAGUGCUGAAAUACAAUUUCAACAAAAAUGGAUAAAUGGGUAGGAAAAGUCGCCGUGGUUACGGGUGCGUCGUCUGGGAUCGGAGCAGCUACGUGUAGGCGACUGGUUGACAGCGGGAUGAUCGUCGUUGGUUUUGCCAGGAGAGAAAACAGGCUUGAGGAAUUACGAGAAACAUUGACUGGUAAACCAGGUGAAUUUCAUUAUUACAGAGUCGAUUUGUGUUCGGAACGAAACAUUCGAGAAGCUUUCAGUUGGGUAAAAAGUACGUUGAAAUCGGUUGACGUAUUAGUAAACAACGCUGGAGUUUGGAAAAAUUGUGACGUUUUAGGAAAUCCACAAGACUGGAAACUGAUGUUUGACACUAACGUGUUAGGACCGAGCAUUUGCAGUAAAGAAGCCGUGAAUAUCAUGAAAGAGUUGAAAAUCAAUGGUCAUAUAAUAAAUAUAAAUAGUGAUAUCGGUCAUUAUCCACCAACGUUAAUGGCCAACAUGUCUGUCUAUAGUGCGACCAAGUUCAGUAGCGUUUCAAUAACUGAAAGUUUACGAGAACUUCUGGCCUUACAAAUGUUGCCAAUCAGAGUCACUAGUAUCAGUCCGGGAUUAGUGGAUACCGAAAUGGCUGAUGAUAUGGUCGAUGUACUAAAACUGAAGCCCUCAAACAUAGCUGAUGCAAUUGUAUAUGCUUUGGCUACACCGCAAUACGUUAACGUUUCUGAAAUUCUUAUUCGACCAACAAGUGAGACAAUGUUACCAUUUAUUAAGGAUGCGUUUCAAGAAUUAAAUAUUAAAUUGUAAUUGUACACGAUGUUUAAUUGCUACCUAUAAUUAACAUAUUUAACGCAAUUAUCUUAAUGUAUAGGUAUUGUAUUUGGUGUAGUUUUAUCAUUUUGGAAAUGUGUUAAAACAUUUAUUUUCAAGUUAUUUCUUGGUAUUUUACUAUAAUGCCUAAAACUAAACAUUAGAUUUAAAAAAAAUAAUACUAUUUAACAAUAAAUAAUACCAAAAAAAACAAAAAUUAAUUUUUUUAGCAAAUCUAUUAUUUGAAUUACUUAUGGUGAUGUAGUCUGAUAUCGUAUAUUAAAUGGACUGUAUUACAUUUUUAAAUGAUGGCUAAAGAUUACCUAGGUAUAUAGAAAAUACUGCUACAUAGUUCAACUUGUAUAAAAUAUAUUUAUCUAAUUUAGCUUAUUUUAUUUAAAUUUAAUUUUUAAUCACUGUUUCACAUAAAAUGUUAUCUAAUAAAUUAUUAUACUAUUUUUUUUAAGUUAAUAAUAUACAGUUUCCAAAGUGAUGUAAAUUAAACACUUAUUAUUUAUAAUAUAUGAAUGAUGUAAAUGUUGUAUAUAGAUAA